ACAUUAGGGGCAUAUAUUCUUCUUUUCCACUUUAGCUAACCAAACUACGUCGUUUUGGAUACUAAAACCCUAAAACCCUAAACUCAGAAUUUCUUCCCGCUGCCAUUGUCUUCUUCCCGAAACUCAAAAACCCUACACCGAGUUUCAGCAGCCAUUUGAUUCGCAAUGAAGUACCAGAACAAGAAAAACCCUAAUCAAAAGAGAAAAGGCAACAACCCGUCACUAAAACAGGAUCCAUUUUUCAACAACACAGAGUCAAGAAAACGUGCAAAACCCACGAAAGCCGACGAUUACAUAGAGUCAUCGGAGGAAGAAGAAGAUGAAGAAUCAGCAGAAAAGCAGCAAAAUGGGUAUAUCAUCAACGGCAGCGAUGAGGACGAGUUUGCUAAAGAGACCGCCGAAGAGAAGCGGCACCGGUUGGCUAAAGCUUACUUAGUUAAACAGAGAGAAAUAAUGGAGAGAGAAAAGGAGGAGAAUGAUGAUGAUGAAGAAGAUGAGAAAUUAUAUGAAAGAGAAGGAGAGAGAGAUUCAUCAGUUGCUAAUUUGUUGCUUAAAGAACAGCUUGAAGAUAGUGGCAGAUUACGACGAGCUCUCGCUUCUCGGGUUCAGAAGCCGGAAAGUGGUGGUGAAUUUGAGGUAUUAGUGAAACAUAGACAGUCUGUAACUGCUGUAUGUCUAUCUGAUGAUGACUCGAAGGGUUUUUCUGCUUCGAAAGAUGGUAUGAUUAGACAGUGGGAUGUGGAGACUGGGAAAGCUCUAAAAUACCAAUGGCCUAAUGACGAAAUGUUGAGGCGUAAUGGGGUUAAGAAUCCAGAUGGUCGAGCUACAAAGCAUAGUAAGCAGGUUCUUGCAUUGGCUGUUAGCAGUGAUGGCCGGUAUUUGGCAAGUGGUGGAUUGGAUCGCCACGUUCAUUUAUGGGACACACGUACGGCGCAACAUAUUCAGGCUUUUCCAGGUCACAGAGCGCCUGUGUCGUGCCUAACGUUUAGGCAAGGAACUUCUGAACUAUUUUCUGGUUCAUUUGAUCGAUCAAUCAAGAUAUGGAGUGUAGAAGACAGAGCGUAUGUAAAUACAUUGUUUGGUCACCAAAGUGAAGUAUUAACAAUUGAUUGCCUGCGGAAAGAGCGGGUGUUGGCUGCUGGACGUGAUCGGACUAUGCAGUUGUUUAAGGUCCCUGAGGAGUCGAGAUUGAUAUUCCGAGCUUCUGCAUCAUCUCUAGAAUGUUGUUGUUUUAUUGAUAAUGAUGAGUUUUUGUCUGGCUCUGAUGAUGGCAAUAUUGAGCUCUGGAGUUUCCAAAAGAAGAAGCCUGCAUACAUUGUUAAGAAUGCUCAUGCUCUAUUGACAGACACCAAGAAUUCUGGUGAACAAAAUAAGGACAGCCUUUCCAAUGGUCAUAUUGCAUGCUCCUGGGUGAGUUCAGUUGCCGUAUGUAGGGGCAGUGAUCUUGCUGCAUCAGGAGCUGGUAAUGGUUCUGUUCGCUUCUGGGCUAUUGAUAGUACUCCCAAAAGCAUUCAACCCCUGUAUGAUCUUCCAUUGGUUGGAUUUGUAAAUUCAUUGGCUUUUGCAAAAUCUGGAAGGUUCCUUGUUGCCGGAGUUGGGCAGGAACCUCGACUAGGAAGAUGGGGAAGAGUUUCGACUGCUCAAAAUGGAGUCGCAAUUCAACAUUUAAAACUCGUUUGAGGAUUUACUCAAGUUGAGUUUCCCAGUUUUGACAACAUACUAGAGAAGUUGUUUCAAACAACUAUUAAUUUUGAUCGCUGUGAUCUGGUUUUCUGUCGAAAUUGUAUAUCUAAAUGUUGCUGAGUUCGUUCGUCUUCAAUUUGGCGGCUGGCAGUUAUUUCUCGACGGAAUGGGAAUGAAAAAAAUGGAUUCCUUUAUGUUUGAAUCUGCUGGAAUGAGAAGUGGUUGCAACUGCAGAAGACCUCAAAUGCCAUAUUGUCUUCUUUGACAACUAUUUAUUGUAUUUCUAUACUAGCUGCUGCUAUAAUCUGGGAUUCUACUGAUUUGCAAUUUUAAUUACAUGAAAUUAAAUUGUCAGGAAAAAAUUAUAUUCCCUUCAUUUAAAUUGAUAGGCAUAUUUUUUA